CCACAGGCAAAAGACAGUUCUCUAUGAUACAGAAUCCUGAAAUGUGAUCUUCCUUAAAAGGGACGACGCUGACUUUCACUGAGUGGACGUCCCUCACUUUGGGCCCAGGGCUGCCUGGUGUUGGAUAUAAUCAUGGCCAAACCUUAUGAAUUUAAUUGGCAGAAAGAAGUUCCUUCAUUUUUGCAAGAAGGAGCGGUUUUUGAUAGAUAUGAAGAGGAAUCCUUUGUGUUUGAACCCAACUGCCUCUUCAAAGUGGAUGAAUUUGGCUUCUUUCUGACCUGGAGAAGUGAAGGCAAGGAAGGACAAGUGCUAGAAUGCUCCCUCAUCAACAGUAUUCGGUUGGGAGCCACGCCGAAGGAUCCCAAAAUCCUGGCUGCUCUCGAAGCUGUUGGCAAAGCAGAAAAUGAUCUGGAAGGGCGGAUAGUGUGUGUCUGCAGUGGUACAGACCUGGUGAACAUUAGUUUUACCUACAUGGUAGCUGAAAAUCCAGAAGUAACCAAGCAAUGGGUAGAAGGCCUGAGAUCAAUCAUUCACAACUUCAGGGCCAACAAUGUCAGCCCAAUGACAUGUCUCAAGAAACACUGGAUGAAACUGGCAUUUAUGACCAACACAAAUGGUAAAAUUCCAGUCAGGAGUAUUACUAGAACCUUUGCAUCGGGGAAAACAGAAAAGGUGAUCUUCCAAGCAUUGAAGGAGCUAGGUCUUCCCAGUGGAAAGAAUGAUGAAAUUGAACCUGCUGCAUUUACUUAUGACAAGUUCUAUGAACUGACACAAAAGAUUUGUCCUCGGACAGAUAUAGAGGAUCUUUUUAAAAAAAUCAAUGGAGACAAAACUGAUUAUUUAACGGUAGACCAAUUAGUGAGCUUUCUAAAUGAACAUCAACGAGAUCCUCGACUGAAUGAAAUUUUAUUCCCAUUUUAUGAUGUUAAAAGGGCAAUGCAGAUCAUUGAGAUGUACGAGCCUGAUGAAGAUUUGAAGAAAAAAGGCCUCAUAUCAAGUGAUGGAUUUUGCAGAUAUUUGAUGUCAGAUGAAAAUGCCCCAGUCUUCCUAGAUCGUUUAGAACUUUACCAAGAAAUGGACCAUCCUCUGGCUCACUACUUCAUCAGUUCUUCCCAUAACACCUAUCUCACCGGCCGGCAGUUUGGCGGGAAAUCUUCAGUGGAAAUGUACAGACAGGUUCUCCUAGCUGGUUGCAGAUGUGUUGAACUUGACUGUUGGGAUGGAAAAGGGGAAGACCAAGAACCAAUAAUAACUCAUGGAAAAGCAAUGUGCACCGAUAUUCUUUUUAAGGAUGUUAUUCAAGCCAUCAAGGAAACUGCAUUUGUCACAUCUGAAUAUCCUGUAAUUCUCUCCUUUGAAAAUCACUGCAGCAAAUAUCAACAGUACAAGAUGUCCAAGUAUUGUGAAGAUCUAUUUGGGGAUCUCCUGUUGAAACAAGCACUUGAAUCACAUCCACUCGAACCAGGCAGACCCUUGCCAUCUCCCAAUGACCUCAAAAGAAAGAUACUCAUCAAAAAUAAACGGCUGAAACCCGAAGUUGAAAAAAAGCAGCUUGAAGCUUUGAAAAGCAUGAUGGAAGCUGGAGAAUCUGCAGCCCCAGCUAACAUCUUGGAGGAUGACAACGAAGAGGAAAUAGAAAGUGCUGACCAAGAGGAAGAAGCUCACCCUGAAUACAAAUUUGGAAAUGAACUUUCAGCUGAUGACUUGGGUCACAAGGAAGCCGUGGCAAAUAGUGUCAAGAAGGGGUUGGUUACUGUAGAAGAUGAGCAGGCAUGGAUGGCAUCUUAUAAAUAUGUAGGUGCCACCACUAAUAUCCACCCAUAUUUGUCCACAAUGAUCAACUACGCACAGCCUGUAAAGUUUCAAGGUUUCCAUGUGGCUGAAGAUCGAAACAUUCAUUAUAACAUGUCUUCUUUUAAUGAGUCGGUGGGUCUAGGCUACUUGAAGACACACGCCAUUGAAUUUGUGAAUUAUAACAAACGACAAAUGAGUCGAAUUUACCCCAAGGGAGGCCGAGUUGAUUCCAGUAAUUACAUGCCUCAGAUUUUCUGGAACGCUGGCUGCCAGAUGGUUUCACUGAACUAUCAAACCCCAGAUUUAGCGAUGCAAUUGAAUCAGGGGAAAUUUGAGUAUAAUGGAUCGUGCGGGUACCUUCUCAAGCCAGAUUUCAUGAGACGACCUGAUAGAACAUUUGAUCCCUUCUCUGAAACUCCAGUUGAUGGAGUUAUUGCAGCCACUUGCUCAGUACAGGUCAUAUCAGGCCAGUUCUUAUCCGACAAGAAAAUCGGCACAUACGUGGAAGUGGAUAUGUAUGGGCUGCCCACCGACACUAUCCGCAAGGAAUUCCGCACACGCAUGGUGAUGAACAAUGGCCUCAAUCCAGUCUACAAUGAAGAAUCAUUUGUGUUUCGGAAGGUGAUACUUCCUGACCUUGCAGUUCUGAGAAUAGCAGUGUAUGAUGACAACAACAAGCUAAUUGGCCAGAGGAUUCUCCCGCUGGAUGGUCUACAAGCAGGUUAUCGACACAUUUCUCUUAGAAAUGAGGGAAAUAAACCUUUAUCACUGCCAACAAUUUUCUGCAAUAUUGUUCUUAAAACAUAUGUGCCUGAUGGAUUUGGAGAUAUUGUGGAUGCUUUGUCAGAUCCAAAGAAAUUUCUUUCUAUUACUGAAAAGAGAGCAGACCAAAUGAGAGCUAUGGGCAUUGAAACUAGUGACAUAGCGGACGUGCCCAGUGACACCUCUAAGAAUGACAAGAAAGGAAAGGCCAACACUGCCAAAACUAACGUGACCCCUCAGAGCAGCUCUGAGCUCAGACCAACCACCACGGCUGCCCUGGGGUCUGGGGUGGAAGCCAAGAAAGGUAUCGAGCUUAUCCCUCAAGUGAGGAUAGAAGAUCUAAAGCAGAUGAAGGCUUACUUAAAGCAUUUAAAGAAACAGCAGAAGGAGCUCAAUUCUUUAAAGAAGAAACAUGCAAAGGAACACAGUACAAUGCAGAAGUUACAUUGCACACAGGUUGACAAAAUUGUGGCACAGUAUGACAAGGAGAAGUCAACUCAUGAGAAGAUUCUAGAGAAGGCAAUGAAGAAGAAGGGGGGAAGUAAUUGUCUGGAAAUGAAAAAAGAAACAGAAAUUAAAAUUCAGACACUAACAUCAGAUCAUAAGUCUAAGGUCAAAGAGAUUGUCGCACAGCACACAAAGGAGUGGUCAGAAAUGAUCAACACGCACAGCGCAGAGGAGCAAGAAAUCCGAGACCUGCACCUCAGCCAGCAGUGUGAGCUGCUGAGAAAGCUGCUGAUCAACGCCCACGAGCAGCAAACCCAGCAGCUGAAACUGUCCCACGACAGGGAAAGCAAGGAAAUGCGAGCACACCAGGCUAAGAUUUCUAUGGAAAACAGCAAAGCCAUCAGCCAAGAUAAAUCUAUCAAGAAUAAAGCAGAACGGGAAAGGCGAGUCAGGGAGUUAAACAGCAGCAACACUAAAAAGUUUCUGGAAGAAAGAAAGAGACUCGCAAUGAAACAGUCCAAAGAAAUGGAUCAGUUGAAAAAAGUCCAGCUUGAGCACCUAGAAUUCCUAGAGAAACAGAAUGAGCAGCUGUUGAAAUCCUGUCAUGCAGUGUCCCAAACGCAAGGCGAAGGAGAUGCAGCAGAUGGUGAAAUUGGAAGCCGAGAUGGACCGCAGACCAGCAACAGUGGUGUGAAACUCCAAAAUGCAAACUGAAGCAGCUAAACCGCACAACAUCAAAAGAUCACAGUCAAACUUCUGAACACAAAUCCCAUUGACAAACACUUUUGUCUUUUGUGUUUCCUUUAUGUAUAACAGGAUGUUACCUGAAACCACAGAAACUCACACACUUCUGUUUAAUAUUUUGAAUUUUGAAUUUCCUUGGCCAACCAAAAGUAGGUAUGAAUCCGUAAAAAUUCUUCUUUCCAGUAAGGCAGAGUUUAAUACAACUUAAACAUGUUUGCUAUAAAAUACCAUCACAAGUCAAUGAGCUUGGUGUUAACAACUCUGCUUUGUGAUGCAUUAGGACAUGUUUGAGCUACAG